UGUAGCUUGAGAACAUUCUAGUACACCAACGAUGUUUUUAUUUGUGCCAAGUGCGUUGUGUCCAAUUCCAAGUCAUCUAUUCCAGCUUAUUUACAUACAUCAUUACACUUGCCAACCUGAUUACCGCGGACAACAAUUAAAUAAACAUGAUAAACUCUGAUCACCCGUUUUCAGAAUUGGAUCGGUUAAGCCAGGCCCGUAGUCGAGACUUUUCUUAGAUAUUGCAAACAAUUUAACUAUCGAGAAAUAGGGUAUUCGACUACUUCAUUCGGAAUCAGUCUAGUCUUAACCUUUGUAUAACUUCGAAUUGUUAUUAAAAAAGUUAUCAAUGCCGGGAAGUCUCGAUGAUCGGAGCUUGCAUCACAUGAGAAUGUUUGAAUAAAUACCAUUAUCUAUGCACAUACGUGCCUGUAUUGACCCGAUACAUCUCUGAUAACUAUAUUGCGACACACUUCUCAUAUUAUCUCAGAACCAAGUAUCAGAGUCUUACAUGUUACAUGUAAAAAUAUCAAUUAGUAUUCUGCACAUUCUUGCAUUGGGCUGAACAAAACACUUCUACUAUAAUGAAGACGGUGGUGGUUUUGUACUUAACUUUGUUUUUUAUUUAUUGCAUGUGCAUUAGCAGCUCGUUAGCAUAUCCAAGUAAUGGAGAAAGUCCUACUUGUUAUGGUCAAGUUUGUCCGGAAGGCACAACAAGUUGCAAGAAAAACAUUAGGUCCUCUUUAAACAGGAGAAACUUGGAAAUAAGAAUCAACUGCUUAGAUGACUUCGAUGGAAGCUUAAAGGAAUAUUACUUCGAAGAGGUCAACAAUAUGGAUCCAAAUGUACACUAUGAAAGUUCUUCUUAUUCUGGAACAAACGAGGAUAGUGCCAAAAAUAAAGCUAGCUAUAACAGACCAUACGUUAGCUACAACGGACUGGAAGACCUAUAUUGAUCUUUGCUAAACAGCUUUGAAAUAUCAAAUUAUAAUAUUGAAACUUUAAUUUCAAUAAGACCCUAAUAGCACACUUUCUUUCUGGAACGUCCGACUUAGAUCAAAAUUCGAUGUCCUCGGAUCCUCGCAUUGGUGUGGUUCCUGGAACGUCUCAAUCUUUUUGUUCCGAGGUCGUCCGAAAAAGACGCAUUUUGGGCAUUUUGUUCUCUAGUCGUUACCAAACUUUUUAUUUUAAGGUCAUGAAAUUGAAGGCAGUCACGAUAUAUAGGUGUUGCACAUAAUGGUUAUGCUUAUUUCAUUUUUAGGAAAUCUGCAAUCUACAUAACCGUUUCCCUAUUAUACGGAAUAAUGUAUAUGGAUGUCUUCGUCUCUCUGAUCCACUGUUUCAAUUGACUAAUAAGAUCACAUAUAUCAAAUUUAAAAUAUCUAAAGAAGUAAAAAUUGCUGUGUAGUUUUUCCAUUUUCUAAUGUAUUUUACACUUUGUGACUAGAUACUUUGAAGUUAAUUGAAUUGACGCACACGGAUUAGAGAGACGUUUCAUUUGAUAACAGAAAUGCUAUUAUUGAUGUUUUCAUGUACACCGUGAAUUGAACGCUUCACUUUUAUUUAAAUUAGUAUUAUUUAGAGAGGGUUUUAUUAAGGUUUCGCCCAUUGCCCCAAUUGGAAUAAGUGAUUUUUGAGAACUUAGAGAAUUUGUCCUUGAGGCGUCCUUGAAAUGACCUUCGAAUGCCCUUAUAGUGAAAUGCCCUAAAUAUGACCUUGAAGUCACCUCAUAGAGAGACAAACCCGAGAUUUGAAAUCAGGGAUCCUAAAAACCUUAUUGUACUAAAAAUCGCAUUAAUACCGGAAAAAUUGUAUUUUUUGUCAGCUUUCCCACUGUUCUAGACCACUGCGCAUCUCCCAGGUCACACAGGGUCGUUCCUCGAGCGUACUUGGAACGUAUUUAGGCUAUUAGGGUAGAUGCUGAUAUGCUCUAGAUAGAUUCUACAGUUACUGUGAUAUAACUGAUCCAAGCAGAACAAUUCCUGGCCAAAUUCGUUGAAAAAAUUAGUAUAUAUUUUGAGACGCUUUUAACAUACUGUAUUUUCCUGUUCGAAAAAGUAAAAUAUAUUUUUUA